CUCACGGACCAGUCCUUCUGUGCCAGACAACCCUUCCCCAGAGACACCUGGCCCCUGGCCUCUUAUCUGCUUGUUCUUCCCCCAGCCUCUACAGCCCUCCCUCCAGUGAGGGGCGCCUAUGCUGCUCUGUCUGUGUCUCACCCCACCGAUCUCUGUAUCUGGAUUUCUGAGUAUAAAUGUUUCUGUGAGCCAUUUUUUUAGCUGCUUAUUGUCAGACCUCCCCUACCCCAAAUAGGAAACUCUUCAGAAAUGUUCUUCCUGUUCUUAACGCUGCCUCUCCUGUGGGUUGCUGCCAAUGCAGAUGGGAGUGAGGAUAAGAUCAUUGGUGGUCAGACUUGUAUUCCCCACUCCCAGCCCUGGCAGGCUGGGCUGUUCAUCAAUCAGAAUUUCCACUGUGGGGGUGUCCUGCUGUCCAAUCGCUGGGUCCUCACUGCAGCUCACUGUAACCACUGGAACCUUCGAGUGGUCUUGGGAAAACACAAUAUCAAACGCCGGGAGUCCUAUCAGCAAUGGGUCAGGGUGAAACGCCGGAUUCCCUACCCCAACUACAACUCCAGGACCACCAACAAUGACCUCAUGCUACUCUACCUGGAGAGUCCAGUGAGGCUGACCCGCCAAGUUCAACCCAUUCAGCUGGCAAAAGACUGUGCCAAUCCCGGCACAAGCUGCCUGGUGUCUGGCUGGGGUACUGUGUCCAGUCCUUUUGCUGUAUUUCCCAGCACCCUUCAGUGCCUGAGGAUUAGCAUCAUAUCUGAGGAAAGAUGCAAAAAUAUUUACCACAGAGCCAUCACUCCCGGCAUGGUCUGUGCUGGGCAUGAAGAAGGUGGGAAGGACUCUUGCCAGGGUGACUCUGGAGGCCCCUUGGUGUGCAAUGGGGCCCUGCAGGGCCUGGUGUCAUGGGGCAUGGAACGCUGCGCCCUGCCCCAGUAUCCUGGUGUUUAUACCAACCUGUGCCGUUACCGGACCUGGAUCCUAAGUGAAAUGCAGAAGAAUUAUUGACAAGCUCCCCUGACAACCCCAGGAAGAUUGCCCAUUCUAACCCAUCCCCAGUCCUGCCCUCAGGGACAGGUGGCCUGAAACUACAGCCCCACAGCCAAGGACAGGACUCAGCUAUCCUGACUUCCCAACCAUGGACCUCUGGACGACCCAGGUUUCCUUAGACCCAUCUCUAGUCUGGAUUUGGAUGAAUGGAAAGGGAAUCAAGAGGAUUUAGAGAUGGAAAGGAUUUUAGACCCUGAAAAUAGCAGGUCUGGAAAAGAACCUCUAAUUUUUACAAAUGAGGAAACUGAGGGUAAAAGUAACCUCCUAAUGUCACAUAGCUAGCGUGUAACAAUUCAAGACUAGUGUUCUCUCCCUGAUCCUGAUGUCUGAAGGUAGAUCUAUCCUUAACCUCCGAAAUACCCUUGCCCCUCAUGAAUCUACUGCCCUGCUCAGGUAUCCAGAGUAAUAGGUAACUUAGGUCCCUCUUGGUCACUCCUCCCCCAACAGUCUUAAAUUAAUAAAAUG